CGUUUCUUUUGUUUCUUCUUCUCUCGUUCUUCCUUUGAUCUUUGCACAUAAAGAUGAAAGAAAGCAUGAGCAAUCCUCUGCGUAUCAAGUCAUUGAAUCACAUCUCAUUUGUGUGUAGAUCGCUUCAGAAAUCUCUUGAUUUCUACCAGAACGUUCUUGGAUUCUUUCCUAUCAGGAGGCCUCACUCAUUUGAUUUUGAUGGUUCAUGGCUGUUCAAUUAUGGCGUUGGCAUACAUCUCCUGCAAUCUGAUGACCCUGAAGAUAUGCCCAAGAUUGGUCAAAUUAAUCCCAAGGACAACCACAUUUCUUUCCAGUGUGAGAUUAUGGCAGCAGUGGAGAAAAAGUUGACAGAGAUGAAAAUAGAGUACGUGAAAAGCAGAGUAGAGGAAGAUGGAAUCUAUGUUGAUCAAUUGUUCUUCCACGACCCGGAUGGCUUGAUGAUUGAAAUUUGUAACUGCGAUAAUCUCCCAGUGAUUCCGGCAGCCAGAGAAGAAGCCACUUCGUCAUGGUCAUCUUAAUGAAUUGCAGUGACCAACAGAAGCCCCAUAUUCAAUAAGCUGAGGAAAUAGAACAGACUGUAGCUUCCUUUUCAAGUAUUCAAUUGCCAUAGCAUUUGAUAUGUGACCAAAGGCAAUUUCCCUUGUCCUUGCGUCUACUAAAGUUUUUUCAAUGUACUUUUCUAGCCAAAUUAAGUUAAGUGCAUAUUUUCCUAGAUUGUACUUUGAUUACAAAGGGAAGAAAGCAAAAAAAUAUAUCCUAUAUUAAA